GGGCGAAUUCAUGGCGUGCAGCCCGGUGGCCCUGUACGAGAGCGACCCGGACUGGUGCAAGACGGCGUCCGGCCACAUCAAGCGGCCGAUGAACGCGUUCAUGGUGUGGUCCAAGAUCGAGCGCCGGAAGAUCAUGGAGCAGUCCCCGGACAUGCACAACGCCGAGAUCUCCAAGAGGCUGGGCAAGCGGUGGAAAAUGCUCAAGGACAGCGAGAAGAUCCCGUUCAUCCGGGAGGCGGAGCGGCUGCGGCUCAAGCACAUGGCCGACUACCCCGACUACAAGUACCGGCCCCGGAAAAAGCCCAAGAUGGACCCCUCGGCCAAGCCCAGCGCCGGCCAGAGCCCGGAGAAGAGCGCGGCUGGCGGCGGUGGCGGCGGCGCGGGCGCGGGCGGCGCCAAGACCUCCAAGAGCUCCAGCAAGAAGUGCGGGAAGCUCAAGGCGCCCGCGGCCGCCGGCGCCAGGGCCGGGGCGGGCAAGGCGGCGGCGCAGCCCGGGGACUUCGGGGCGGCGGCGGCGGCGGCGGGCGACGAGGGCGCGCUGGGCGGCCUGCGCGCGGGCGGCGGCGGCGGCGCGAGCGGCAAGACGACGGUCAAGUGCGUGUUCCUGGACGAGGACGACGAUGAGGACGAGGACGACGACGAGCUGCAGCUAACGAUCAAGCAGGAGGCAGACGACGAGGACGAGGAGCCGCCGCACGCGCAGCUCCUGCAGCCCGCC